CCGAGUCUCGGAGUCAGUCGAGGCGCAGCAGCCAUCGCGUACGGUCGCUUCAAUCCGCGCUAUCACUGGUAUACAUCGGGAGCGUGUUGUUAUUCGUGAUAUUCUCAAACAAAACAGCGUAAACAAGUGCGUAGAACGUAAUAAAAUGUGAAAACUGGAUACUGGAUUUUAUUCGCUGCCAAUCUACCUGAUUUUAUUAGUGUGUUGUGCACCGUCGGUUUGCAUCCGACUCGUCGUCGCCAUGCCGCAUUAUUCGGUUUGAUUAAAACUCAAGCAAAGUGAACACAGACUCCAAAGAGAUACAGAGACACAGAGACACAAUCAGUGAGCAGUGCGCGCGCGGAGCUUGCUGAUUAAAUAAAGAUUAAUAAAACGCCGCGUCGGAAGCAGCGGCGGCGGCGGCGAGUGCGCGUCGAUACGACCAUUCGAUCCCAGCGAGCCGCGCACCAGCAAUGAUCACAUCAUCGUCGGCGACAUGAAACGAACGCCGUCUCUCCACUACUUACUAUGGAUACACAUGCUGCUCGCGUCUUUUAUGUUCAUCGUUACCGGUCUAGAAUCUAUAGACUGGAAUCAGUCGCACACGCGUCAUUCAACCGGAACGCACAGACGUUCGAUUCGAGCUGACAGCCACACGAAUGGCGGCGCCGCAUCCGGCGCUAGUGGCGCUGCCAACAGCGAAAAGAACUACAUUCAGCUCUACUCGAACCAGCACGUCAAGCUGACACUCGAGUGCGCCGUGAACAUCAACUUCAGCACGAGCAUCUGGCUGAAGGACGGGCAGAUUGUCCAGACAAUUCUCAAGGACAAUGCGAAUAAUAAGCGCGUCAGCGGCCACCGCUUCCUCGUCGAUAAUCUCGGCAAUCUUUUGAUUGACAAUGUGCGUCUUGAGGAUGACGGCAGAUGGCAGUGCGAGGCGGAGGAUCCAUUUGGUUUCGUCGUCAACGGAAAACCAAUUCAAUUGACUGUUGUUGACUCACCAAAGAAGCCCUACAUCCUCAUCGAUAACCGCAUCUUGGACCCGGGUAAUUUAUUCAUACCGGUCAAAGAGAACACUGAUUUGACCGUGUCUUGUGUGGUCGAUGGAGGAAAUCCCAAACCAGCUUUAACAUGGGAUUUAAGUCUAGGGUCGGCUGCGUUGUUGGAUGCACCUGAGGUGACGUACCAAGCGCCGAAUAUUACCGAAACAGUGCGUGAGCAGAAAGUUGGUGCUCGGAAUGAUGCCCGAUUGGAGAGGGUUAUGAGGGGACAUCAUAAUGCUACACUAACCUGUAUUGUUCAUCAUCUGGCUCUUCUUCAACCGCUGAAUGUGUCACUACUCCUCGAUGUUCAAUACACGCCAUCUUUCGCCAUUUCAAGGGAACCAGGUUUUGGCUUUCCUAUCCGUGAAGGUAUGCCUGUAUCACUUAAAUGUGAUGUUGAUGCUAACCCUAAAGCUGCGCCAAUAUGGCAAAAAGACGAUACGGAUCCACCUGUGCAACAAACACCGGAUGGAUUCCUGAAUUUUACCGAAAUACGACGCGAACACAGCGGAUGGUACAAGUGCAUCUCACGCCAUCUACUGGGGAGAUUCUCAAGUAUCGGCUACUACUUAAACGUCAGAUACGAUAUGGAAGUGACGCAGGAGCCUGACUUUGACGUUGGCGAGCUGAGCUCGCCGGGAAGACAACUUGAAGUGGCGCUAGGUGGCGCUGUGCAACUAGCGUGUCCGCCAGGAAUAACUGGAUGCUGGACAAGAGUUGACCAAGGCACAGGCCGUCUGGAACCCCUCGGAGCAUCCCAAGAACUUCGCCUGGAUCAGGUCCUGUACCAGGAAGCCGGAGAAUACCGAUGCGUGGCUCCAAAUCGCGACGCCAUGCGGAAAUACGACUCGUUACGAAGUGUCCACAGCGUACACGUCGCCAUCACCGGACAUCCGAUGAUUUUUCCAACGAAUAAAACCAUCACGGGUGUUUAUGGACAACCGUUGACUUUGACGAUGGAAUUUUGUGCCAAUCCCACAUAUAAUAAGGUCUACUGGAUCGCCAAGGACAGAGUAUAUCGGCCUGGGGAAGCUGAUACUGAUAUAGUUGCCUAUGCAAUUACUAAUACAUCAACGAUUCACUGCCACCAAGCGGUGUUGUACAUCCGCAAGGUACGCGUGAGCGACAUCGGCGAGUACCUCCUGCUGGUGCGUUCCCCGCAGGGCUUGUCCGAAGGGCUCUUCAACGUGAACAUGACGUACGCAAGCGGAUACAACGUGCAGCUGUCGAGCGCUGGCGCGCCGCUGAUGACUUCCGGCGUUACCAUCCCGGCGGCCAUCUUGCAACUACUCACUUCACUCUACUCGUUGUUACUUUCCCCGCGUACGCUACUUGUACGAUAAUUGUGUUAUAAGUUGUAAUUAAUUUAUUAUUCGACUGAUUGUUAGAUAUUUAUUUCUCACAAAACUAUUGUAAAGUAAACAUAACGUUACCUUUCCGAACCCGAUUUCUGGCACGCAGGAUGACGAGGAUAAUAAUAUUGUUGUGUCAGUAUACUUAUGUAAGUAAAAACACACAUACUUUUGACGGUCUGGAACGAACAUUAAAUGAUUGUGAUGAAGCGAUGCGGGCGGAGAAUGUAGAGAAAUUCGUGGCGAAUGUCACAGACACAGAAAAUAAUUUAUAUACAAUAUCAAUAGCGUAUGUAAACUUAAACAUAAAGAAGCAUUAAAGUAACGAUAUUAUUAUUACUGGGACAUAAAUUGAAAUACUAUUCAUUAACGCAGAGAGAGGCACACACAUCCACACACACGACGAAAUAAAUUAAAGCAAGAUAAAUACUAAUACGAUAAACAAAUGAUAAUUAAACGAAAAACGAAGAAAUGUAUAAAAUUUGUUAAUAGGUUGCGCUUAAAUGUAUAAAAAAGAAUACCAAUAAUGUGUAAGACAUAUUAAUACAAAAAACGUCCACGUGUUAAA